AUGGCAGUUAUCCCCUCAACAAUACGUGCUUUGUUGUAUGUUUUCCUUGGCUCAUUAUCUGUUCUGACACUGUGUGGAAACCUACUUGUCAUCAUCUCUAUCAUUUACUUCAAACAGCUCCACACUCCAACUAACUACCUGAUUCUCUCUCUGGCCAUGUCUGACCUCCUUGUAGGGGCUUUAGUUUUGCCGUUCUUUAUAGCACUGUCUGUAAACUCUUGUUCAUAUCUUGCAGAUUUAAUUUACAGAUAUUAUGCAGUGUGUCAUCCUCUGAGGUAUGAAAGUAAAAUAAAUGUUCGGGCUGCUGUGAUGAUGAUCCUGGUCUGCUGGGGAGUAUCUGCCUUUGUUGGAAUUGGUGUCAUAAUUAUGGGACUUAAAGAAGGAAAAUGUGAAGGGCGCUGUUUUUCAUUUAAUAUUGAUAUUUCAGGCAUCACUGGAUGUCUUCUCUCAUUUUACUUCCCAGCAGUUAUAAUGCUCAGUAUCUACCUAAAGAUUUUCCUAGUAGCACAGAAACAGGCACGCAGCAUCCAGAACUCAAACUGUCAGAGAGUAAAAUCUGGAGCAUGUGUGGGUAAGAUGGAGAGGAAGGCCACCAAAACUCUGACUAUUGUUAUGGGAGCUUUUCUGAUCUGUUGGGCCCCUAACUUCACUGCUGUAUCCUUAAACCCAUUAAUUAAUUAUUCAAUUCCAAUUACUGUAAUUGAAGUAUUUACCAUGCUUGGAUGGUCAAAUUCAGUGCUUAAUCCCUUUAUUUAUACCUUCUUUUACAGCUGGUUCCGAGUGGCUUUCAGAAUGAUCAUUUCUGGCAAAAUUUUUCAAGCGAGCGUUCGUUCCAUCCCGAGCUUUAGCUCCAGCUCAGCACGCCGCUAUCCUCUCCUGUCUCCUGCUACAACCAGCUGGCCCUCCGCCGUCAACACCGCGAACUUCGAAACUCCGACAAGAUCUCCACCAGGCCAAGCAAUUGACAUCACGACUCUGUGGGAAUGCCCCCUGAAAGACUUCCGUAGGGCAGAAAGUCACGUGAUCUAG